UUAUGGUUAUUCAGUUGCUUCUAGAACCGAUUAGAACGAUUCCAAUGCGAAAUAUAUAUAUUUCAAAUAAUAAUAUGAAAAAAAAUAGAUGAAUAUAUAUUUAAAUUGAAAUAAGAAAUGAUAAAUACAUGUGAUGUUCAUUAGAGCGAUUAGCGUUAAAGCCAAACAAGCAAAUGAAUGUAUUAACGAAUUGAAGAGUAGUCAACAAUUUCUAUCUCUAAACGUAGAAAGGAAGUAGACCUAAAAGUUAACUUUUUCUUACAAAAACAAAACAAGUAAUCUGAAUUGCCCAAGCCACAAUAUAUAAUCUAUAGCCUUCCUCAAUAAAUGGACUAUCCAACACUGAAAGAAACGCCAUGUGCAAGUUCUUUAUGUAAAUUAUGACACGUGCACACAAUUACAAUUACUGCUAAAGCCUCGCGCUCAGCGCUCCUCUGUAAUGCCUCUCUGACGCACACUUUGCUCAUAGUUGACAGAGUCAAUUCGACUCGAAAUCUAUGCAUUGCAAUUUUUUUUUCGCAAAUUAACUCCAAAACUGAACCAUGGGAAUGUUUAUUAUUAUAUUAUAUAUUGGAUUCAAUAACAUUGCAAAUGAUCCAUACAUAGGUUUUCAUAAAAUAAAAGUUUAAAAUAAGCUUGUAAAUAUAAAAACCAAUUUGUAUUCUUUUUUAAACGCGAUAUAGAAUAAAUAUGCUAAACACAAAUUUAAACCCGAAGUGGAGGAGCUCUUCCAAAUUCAACAGUAAUUUAGUAUAUUUUGCUAUCAUAUUAUAUUAUUUAGUGACACAACAACAUAUACACACAAUGCCUACUCAUACAGUUGGGUUGUGGCUUGCGCAUGUUCGUUAAUUCGUUUUCCGAUGCAUUGUCAUUUCUCUGAUAAAGGUAAAUGUUUAUCUUGUAGUACUGUGAUAUGAAUGGGAAUGACAUAUAAAACCAAUUGAUAUGAAUACGUAAAAAGUUUUACUAAUGUUCUUAAUGUGGUGAAAUCAUUAACUAUUAUAUAACUUCUUUGUGUGAUAGUUAAAGACAAUAAGGGUCUAGGAGAUCGAUGUGGUGAGUGAAAGUUGAGAUGGGGAAAACGAAUGAGAUACAAUGAUAAAAGUGGCUCUUACAGGUGUGGGUGUGCGACGUCGGCGCGUCGGAGAGGAUGCCGAUGUGGUGUCCGCCCACGCCGCCCUCCAGCGACGGCGACGUGUACUGCGACAGCUGGGCGCGCGCGCUGUACCGGCGGGGCGCCGCGCCCGACGCGCUGCUGCCGCCCGUGCGCUGGCGCGACCCGCGCGCCGCGCGCUCCCCGCGCCGCCUGCGCCCCGCGCGCGCCGCGCCCGCGCCGCCCUCGCUGUUCGAGCGCGCCGGCUCGCGCCCGCGCCCGCGCGCGCGCCCCGCGCCGCCCCCGCUGCGCGACCACGCCGCGCCUCCGCCCGACUGGAGCCCCUGCGAGGACGCCGCGCUGCGUCGCGCGCUGCGCCUGCAGCGCCUGCCCGCCGAGCCGCCCGCCGCGCACCGGCGCGGCUGCCUGCGGCGGCUGGCGGCCGAGAACGAGCGGCGCUGCUGGCGGCUGCCGCUGUUCGGCGCGGACCUGCGCGCCGCGCUCACCGUUCCGCCGGACGCGCACUCGCUCGUGCCGCGAAAGUCUAUCGAAGACUUCCUCGCAGAAAUGCAUGACGUUAUUGACCGAAUUAUCAAAGUUUUGAGUGAGAUUAUCAAAGUAUCGGUCGUUCAUGGAAAAGACUAA